AUGUCUUCCUCCCCGGAGGUGGCAUCUGUGCCGUCAUCCCCGGAGGUGGCAUCUGUGCCGUCCUCCCCGGAGGUGGCAUCUGUGCCGUCAUUCCCGGAGGUGGCAUCUGUGCCGUCAUUCCCGGAGGUGGCAUCUGUGCCGUCCUCCCCGGAGGUGGCAUCUGUGCCGCCCUCCCCGGAGGUGGCAUCUGUGCCGUCAUCCUCGGAGGUGGCAUCUGUGCCGUCAUCCUCGGAGGUGGCAUCUGUGCCGUCAUCCUCGGAGGUGGCAUCUGUGCCGCCCUCCCCGGAGGUGGCAUCUGUGCCGCCCUCCCCGGAGGUGGCAUCUGUGCCGCCCUCCCCGGAGGUGGCAUCUGUGCCGCCCUCCCCGGAGGUGGCAUCUGUGCCGCCCUCCCCGGAGGUGGCAUCUGUGCCGCCCUCCCCGGAGGUGGCAUCUGUGCCGCCCUCCCCGGAGGUGGCAUCUGUGCCGCCCUCCCCGGAGGUGGCAUCUGUGCCGCCCUCCCCGGAGGUGGCAUCUGUGCCGCCCUCCCCGGAGGUGGCAUCUGUGCCGCCCUCCCCGGAGGUGGCAUCUGUGCCGCCCUCCCCGGAAGUGGCAUCUGUGCCGCCCUCCCCGGAGGUGGCAUCUGUGCCGCCCUCCCCGGAGGUGGCAUCUGUGCCGCCCUCCCUGCCUCUCCCUCCUAGCCUGUUUACACCGGGUUGUUGUUAA